GGCCCGGGCUCAAGCUGAAAUGACCUGAUCUGCGCCGUCUAACUAUGACGGCCGUUGGGUCCAGAGAUAGUCUCAGUGUAGAGACCUCCUCGGUGAAGGAUGUGCCGAAUCCGCCCUACCUUGACUAUGAGCAGCUGGUACUCAACAGCAACAAGGAGGGCAUGGAUUUCCUAAGGAAGGGCCAGUACAAGCAAGCUUUUGAGCAGCUGAAGUACGCCGAAGCCGUGGUGGUCUCGAAACAGGGCAAGGACGAGCCUACCAACCUCAUGUCCGUGACCUGCAACAAUCUUGGCUGCUACUACAAGAAGGUGGGAAAGUUGCAUGCCGCACUCAGCUACUUGCGCAAGGCUCUCAAGAUUGAGGUGUCCUUGCAGACGGACGACGUCACGGUGGCUGGGACGCAUUUGAACGUGUGCGCCAUCCUGUCGAAGCUGGACAAGCACGACAAGGCGCUGCAACACGCGCUGUGCGCCUUGGAGCUGAUUAGCAGCCGGGUGAAUGCGGAGGGCACCACGCAGGACGAGUACUCCGUGCUGGCCAUCGCGUACCACAACGUGGCGGUGGAGCGGGAUUACCUGCAUCAGCUCCAGGAGGCCGCUGCUGCCUAUCAGCAGGGCCACCAGGUGGCCAAGAAGUGCCUAGGAGAUCAGCACCCCUUGACGCAGACGCUGGCGAAGAACGCCAAUGCUGCCGUGCAGAAGUGCCAGGCCAAGGCAGAGGCGGAGCGGGAGCGCGAGAGGCCUCGCCGUGAAGAGGGCCGGCAGAAGACCGUGGCGCAGGCCCCGUCUCUGCCGGAGAUCAGAUCCAAGGGCCCCACGGAGCCAUCUCACCAAGAGACAGCUGAAGAGGUGAGCCGCGAUCCCAGCUGGAACUGGAGCGCCGCGCCGAAAGGCUCUGCUCCCGGCUUUUUGCCGCCACUUUCGCACAGCACCUCACUGGUCUCGAAGCCCUUGCAGGCUGUGGUUCCAGAGACGGCGUCCACGCCGUCCUUUGUGGAGACCAUGGGGCCUGAGGUGCGAGCGACGCCGCCCAGCCCUCCACCGCUAGUGAUGGAGCAACGGCCGCCACCAGAGGAGCGCCAGGAGGUUCAUCCCGAGCGGGAGCCACGGCGGCCACGCGGAGAUGCGCCCAAGAGACCGAACAGGACCCGUCCGCCAGCUGCUCCGGUGGAACGGGAUGACGCGGGGCUCGUGCCGGCAGCGCAGCAGUCCCAGCUGCUUCGGAAGAGUGCCGCGGAAAAGAUCCAGCACUACUGGAGGGAGCAUCACAGGCACAAGGCGCAGAACCGGGACCAAGCGAAGUUGGAGCACAAGGCAGCCAUCAAGCUGCAAGCCAUCUGGCGUGCCUUUGCGGUCCGACGCCGGAAGAACGUCAAGGCCACGGUGGCCAUCCAGCGGCACCUGCGAGGCUUCUUGGUGCGGAUCGCUCUGCGCCGGCACAAGGCGGCGGUGAUCAUCCAGCGCCACGGCAUGGGCUUCCUCACGCGGAAGAACCUGAAGCAAGCGGUGGAAGCCGCGGUGAGGAUCCAGCGCGUGGCCCGGGCGCGCAUGGCCAAGGUCACGGUGGAGGCCCGGCGGCUGCUGGUGCAGAGAGGUGCCCAGCUGGUGCGCGCGGCCAUUCGCACCUGGAUGUGUCGGCACCAGCUGUCCGAGCUGAAGGUGGUGUACGAUAAAGAGCAGGCUCGCCAAGGGGCUGCCACACAGAUCCAGAGUGUUUGGCGGGGUCGUGGCGGCCGCCAGCUGGUGGCGAGCCGGAGGUCGGAGCGUAGGAAGAGAAUUGCGAUCUUCAAGGCCAGUGCCAAGAUGCAGGC